AUGGCCGUGCGGCGGCUACAAAAGGAUUUGCAAAAGUUAAUCGAGUCCCCUGUUGAGGGCAUCGUGGUCGCGCCGCUACCAGAAAACAUUUUGGUAUGGCAUUACGUGAUGAUGGGCGCGCCUAACACGCCCUACUUUGGUACACUUUGCCUGUCGAUCUCCGACUAUCACCCCGAGACCUGGAACCCGGGCUGGUCGGCUGGGUCCAUUUUGCUUGGCCUGCUCAGCUUUAUGAAUGACGAAGAUUUUGCUGCUGGCGUCGUUCAUCCCCCUCCGUCGAAUGAAGUUCGAGAGAAGAUGGCGAUUGAAAGUCAUGCGUAUAAUAACAAGAACCCGACAUUUUGUCGGUUGUUCCCCGGGUUCGGGGACCUGGCCGACCUCGGCUGCGGUGAUGAUGAGCCCAUUCCCUCGACGGCAGAGGUGGAGGACAAAGCAGAAAACGUGAAGAAGCGCAAUCAUGCUGCGGACGGCCUGUUGAAUGUCGUCGAAAAUAAGCUCGGCUGCUCCUCGCCUGAGUUUACGAUGGCGCCGAGUGUGACGGCUACCCAGCGCUUGAAGAAGGACUAUCAGAAGCUGCUUAAGGAGCCGGUCCCGUUGAUGCAGGCGCACCCCGUCUCCUCUAACAUUCUCGAAUGGCGCUACGUGAUUUUCGGAGCACCGAGCACUCCGUUCGAAGGCGGCGUCUAUCACGGGAAGCUGAUUUUCCCAGCUGAUUUCCCCUUCAAGCCGCCGGCGAUCAUCAUGCUGACCCCGAACGGGCGCUUCCAAACGAAUACACGUCUUUGCCUGUCCAUCUCUGACUUCCACCCAGAUACCUGGAAUCCUGCCUGGACAGUUGGCACAAUCAUCACUGGUUUAAUGUCUUUCAUGAAUGAGACGGCGCCUACCUUGGGCAGCAUCAUCACCUCGGACGCCGAGAAGCGUCUCCUGGCAAAGAGGAGCAAAUCGUUCAAUUUAAAGGACCGCGUCUACUGCGAUCUGUUCACGAACCUCGUCGAGGAGCACAGGAAGGAGCUCGCCGACCACGGCCCACAAGAAGAGGAGAGCCUACGCGAAGAGGAGGAGCGCAGAAGGGAUCGCACCCCAUCAUCGGGACUAUCCUCACUGGUGUCAAACUUGAUUGUUAUUGCAGGCGUCGUGGCGCUUGCCGUGAAUGGGUCCUACUUCUGGCAUCCCGACUCCCCUGCUCCCCUGUACAAAACGGCUGUGUUGUUUAGAUUCCCCUUUCCUGCGGCGUUUCUUCGUCAAUGUGAUAAAACUUGUGCCCUCUCAACGGAUAGUCACCCUGCACCCAACUGCACCUAUCGUUCCUUGUUAGCAUUACUCGAAUAUUACGUUACCAUGAAUUGUGAUCCGAAGACAUUUAUGAAUAAACCGUUAAUCCAGAACCUUGUCGCCGCGGCCGGACUUUGCACAAUUUGUACCCUGGUUGUUGUCUGGAAAUGCACAUGCGAGGAUUUCGAACAAACCCAAUCCGCCAAGCUGCGGCAAGAUGCGCACCUUGGAACAACUACACGCGAGUUGCCGGCAACAUUCCUGCUAAUGGCAAUCAUGUCAUCGCCCAAUCAAACUGCCGAUCGAGAGAUAAUUCGCCAGACCUGGUUAAAACUUACCAUGAAGGGCCCUGACGUCGUACGCCACGUGUUUCCGAUUGGCAUCAAGGGUCUGAGCACCAACGAACUGACCGCGCUUUCCGAAGAGCAGUUAAAUCAUGGCGACCUGGCGCUGAUCGGGAAUUUAUACGAAGAUUACGUAAACCUGGCCAAGAAAACGCUUCAAACCAUGGAAUACGCUUUUCAAAACUAUAAAUUCAGUUAUCUUUUAAAGGUUGAUAGCGAUUCAUUCGUCCGUGUGGGAACCGUCAUAAAAUCUCUGAAGGACAUCAACCAUCCCAGGUUAUAUUGGGGAUUCUUGGAUGGACGUGCGAAGCCGAUCCGCAAAGGAAAGUGGAGGGAGACCGAUUGGAACCUCUGCGAUCGUUAUUUGCCUUACCAGCUCGGCGGCGGAUAUGUGCUUUCGUAUGAAUUGGUGCGCUUCCUGGCGACAAAUGCCCGGCUUUUCAAACUGUACAAAAAUGAGGACGUCAGUGUUGGUGCCUGGCUCGCUGGGCUUGAUAUCAAGUAUCUACACGAUCCCAGAUUUGACACCGAAUGGACAUCUCGAGGAUGUAACAACCAGUACAUCAUCACGCACAAAAAGAGCGGUGACCAGAUGCAAGAGUUGUAUCAGAAUUUGCUGGAAAAAAAGGUGCUUUGUACGCGCGAAUUCCGCUCCCGUCCUUCUUACGUCUACGACUGGUCUGCCCUUCCAAGCGAGUGCUGCAAGCGGGACAAUGCUUCUUCUAUCCCA